AUGGCGCCUAAUGGUGACGCGGCGGUGGCGGCGGCGGAGGCGGUGCCGAUUGGGCGGCCGAGGCAGCAGCAGAAGCCGCGGAGGAUCUCGAUGGAGGGGCUCCAGCGCGCCAUGUCCGACCUGGCCCUGGAAUUCACCAAGAAGGCGGCCGUGCUGGACGCGGCGGCCAGGCUGCCGGCGGUGUCGGAGCAGGUGGACGACGCGCGCUGCGAGUGCUGCGGCAUGACGGAGGAGUGCUCGGCCGAGUACGUGCGGCGCGUGCGGGAGCGGUACUGCGGGCGGUGGGUGUGCGGGCUCUGCGCGGCGGCGGUGACCGACGAGGCGGACAGGAGCCGGAGCACCACGGAGGAGGCGCUGGCCGCGCACAUCGCCGUGUGCGGGCGGUUCAACCGGCUGGGGCGCGCCAACCCGGUGCUCAUGCAGACGGAGGCCAUGAGGGAGAUCUUCAGGAAGAGGGGCAAGUCCAACAGUCCCAGGGACGGCGCGAAUGCCGGUGGCCUCGCCAGGAGCUCCAGCUGCAUGUCGGCCAUCACCAAGGACCUCAACUGUACCAUUAAAAAAUAG